AUACAUUUAUACUAUUGUAAUAUAUUUAUUUCUUUAUAAGCAGCAUUUUAAUUUUCAUUUGUAUUAGUUGUCUUUCAGUUUGCAUCACCUUUCACUUGUGGCAAUGGAGACAGCAACAGCGCUGUUACCCCUAGCAAAGCCGUUGUCGAAUGAUGCACUGCCCGUUCUGCAGAGGCUUCCAGAUGACGUUCUGUUUGGAAUAUUUGCGUUUUGCAACGGGAACGACCUGCUCGAGUUUUCAAAGGUCAACCGAGCCUUUCGCGCGACAAGCCAUGACGAUUACUUGUGGAAAGUCCUGUUUAAAAAGAGAUUCGGAUACUCUCCAGAGCCUCAUCUGCGGAAGUACAGGAGCCAGUAUACGUGGAACGAAAGGACAAUACUCAGCAUCGCUGACGAGUGUGAAAUUGCCCAUGACCGGUUGCCGCACUGGGAUAAAGCCAACGAUCCACGCAGCGUAUUCGGGCGAGUCGCCCUGCUGCAUGCCGUCAGCUGGUUGCACGUGUGGGGAUCUCUCAAGGGCGUCCACACGGGGAAAUACAGGGUCAUCUGGCGGCUAUCGGUGAUGCCCCGAGCGCAAUACGUUUUCGAUAUCAACUUCCGCGCAAAAACACAAUUAAAGCGCAUGGUGGAAUCGCAUCUUCCGCAGAACUCUCGCCUGCUGGAGUUUGGUUCCGACUACUUUGACUUUGUGCUGCCCAAUCUACUCGAAGUGACCGAGCCAUUCGAGGACGUGCACGUCGAGUGCAAAUGCACUUCGCAGGACUGGAAAACAAACAUUGCGCUGUGCUCAGUGCGCCUGGAACCCAGCAGCACUAGGGAGCAGCAGUGCCGAUGGGAAAGGCAGUUGGCCAGGAUGGGAAAGGACGGACGUGGAGGAUUGCGUCUGCGACGCUUACGAAACCUGCGCUCGCGGCCUGGCGCCUCGUAUCGUCCUUGGCAGCCGUGGACGGCAUUUCGCUGGUACGAGCCCGUGUUUGUGGCUGCGUUUUUUAUGCUCGUGGCGGUUGUGUUUGCCCUUUUGUUGCUGAGCAGGACGAAAUAGAGGGGUUUUCACAUGAGCAUCUCGAGGUGUAGGCUCUUCAUAUCCUCCAAGAACCCGCGCGGCGUGAUUAUGUGCGUUGAACCUAUGAAAAUUUGGCGCUUGUAUUUGCGGGACAUCUCGUAGACUGUGCGCAUCUCAGAAAAUGUCAUUCCGCCGGCAAUGUAAAUAAUCACAGUCCCCUUCCCGCUGUCUUCCGACUAUUGGCAGUACGGUUACAAUUUUAAAUAAAAUGGUUAGUAGAAUAAACCGCAAUUACUGUUUUGAA